GGCGACGCUCGCGCCGAGCCACUUGUUUUGCGAUCUUUGGGCUACUCUACCUCUGGUUUGCUAUGACUGCCGCGGCUUACUACCUCGUGCCGCUUUCUUACACGUUUGGGAACGACCUUUGGUGGCCAGGCUACAACUCAAGUGGGUACGCACUCUUUCUUGUCGACGCCAUCAACAACAUCUUGGAGCAGCCACCUGAGGACACUAUCAUCGAUCUCUCCGCUUUGAAGAUGGCAAAAUCCUACGCACCGUCCACGCGCCUCGUUCCUGAGCCCCACCCGACACAUGCACGAGCCCUGCUCCUUACGAAGCUCACGUUCAUCGAGUAUGCCAUCGCAAAUAUCCGAAACACGUCGGCAGACCAAACGCUGAUGGUGCCGACACACUUUUGCUACGUCGACUUUGACCGGCGCUGGGAACUUGCGCACUCCAACGCGCGCCAGGCGCGGUGCGAAGCGCGGUACCGCGCAAACGGUGCCGUCUAUUUGGCUGCAAUUCUUCGCAACCAAAAUUGGACAAGUUUCAUGCGCGUCUACGGUGAACACUUGCAGGUAGCCGUUUUGAACGCGGUCACCUCGUCGGGCACUGCGGGUCACGCAUGGUUGAACGCCACGGCCCACUGCUCGUCGUCUCUCCAAGACGAAGCCGCGCAUUGGCGAUCGUUUGGCGUGACGCACUUUACGCUGCAGUGGCAAAACAACGCGUUCACAGGCCUCCAAUCGUCUCUGACGGUGGUGAAUCCGCUCAACCUUGCGUUUACACUCGAAUUGCUUCACUCGACAUACACACAGGGCCCAUGGACGUCGAAUACUCUCAAUAUCUUCUUCAUGAACGAGAUUUUCUUCAUGGCUAUGUGCGGCCAAAGCCUCGUGCGUGGCGCCACAAACUACUUUGGCCUUGCGCAAUGUGUCUACUCGGCAACACCCGAGUUUGAAGGCUUCCUGGGUCUCAGCGAUGCCGAUGGACAUUUUGUCCAGCAAACGGGACUCGUGCGCGAUGCGAUUGGUCCGUUCUUGUCUGUGGAUCUUUUUGUAGUGGCGCCGCCGCCGCCACUCAUCACUGUGAUCGCCGCCUUUGAGCAGCGUUUGUAUACAUUGCUCGAAGCCAACAGCAGUGCUGCGAGCGCGUACCAGCAACUCUCUCCUCUCUCGGUGCCGCCGACGCCAACGUGGUGGCAGAAUGGCUCGUUCCUCUUGUAUGGGGGCAACCCCAUGUGCCUCUACAACCCUCCAACGUCGUUUCCGCAGCCGUCGUUUACCUUUGGUGACGCAUGCAAUACGCAGGAGCGUGCAAUAAUGGUGGUCGCGCCAUCCGCGUUGGUGUUUGCCGUGAGCAUGAAUCGGAUAUCUGCCCGGGAACUAUGUGCAUCGAUUGAUGAUGUCGCAUGUCGGCGCCACGUCACGGUGGCCAGCGACCUUGCAGUGACGUUAUCCUGGAGCGAUGCCGUAAACACGGCAUCGUUGGCGUCCACAGUCAACGCGACGCAAGUGCGGCUCAUGCAGUUUGCUUCGAAUCCCCAAGGCACCGAGUGGACACUUCUUACAGCACCAAUCCUCUUUGAUCCACUAUUCGGUUGGGCAGCUGUCUACGACUGGGUGACCGGGCGACGCGAAGUGGUCUCGUUUGAAGGAGACAACGGAACCCUCGUCUUAGUCUCGGACGCGUAUACCGAUGCAGUACACGUGGACCCGAACACGGCGCCGUUGAGCCAAGCAUCGGCCAUCCUCAUCUACACGCUACUCUACUCGUCGCUCGUUCUUUGGGCAACAGCCAUCCUGUGUUCUUGGCUCGGGCUUCGGUCGCGACUGGCAUUUGCGGGUCAAAAUUUAUUUGUCUUCCAUCGCGUCGCUGGCUCGACCUGGCUCGGGCGACCCAUGAUGCUGCUUCGAGGUUGCUCGGCGGUCAUGCUUCUCGGCACAUCGCCCGUCACACUCUCGCAUACCAACGGCAUCUCGGCACUCCAGACGGGUCAUCGUCCUUACGUUGAGACACUCGUGCUUGCGGGCGAGGCGACGUGGAUCUCAUAUGCACUGAGCGAGGUCUUGUUCGUUUUGCAACCCAACGGCUGGAAUGUCGACGCCGCGUUCGUCUGGGUUAGCUACGUCAUCUUGGAAACGACAGCGCCGGUUGGUGUCGUGAUGGACCUGCAAUCGUCGUGUUUUAGCUCUGACUUUAUCUAUACCAUCACGUGCACGCAUGGCUCCAUCACGAUUGGCAGCACCCGCCGUGUCGUGCUGCUGUUUGGCAUCCAAGCGAUCGGUCUCUUGAUCGCAUUGAUAACUCGACUGUGGCAUCGACAUGCCACACGUCGCUCGGAUAGCGUGCUUCUCUCUGGCGCUGCCAGUGUUCUCUUGACGCCCGACUUGGACGACGUGAGCUGUCUCCUCGCCGGUCGCGUGCCGCUGCGACCAGGCCGCAUUUGGUUUGACGUCAAGCUCUGGGUCAUCGUGCGUGUGGCACCACCGCAUCUGCGGGUUCUCCCGCGCCUUGCGAUGCACGGCCCGUCGCCAUCUCGGUACGCUCGCUUCAUCGCGUUGGCUGGGUUCAUGUACGUCGUCGCGGACGUCUAUGGCAGCUACUCGUAUCUGGGUGUCGCACAACGCGCGUUGGCCAACGACCUUGUCUGGCCCGGCUUCAACCUCACACAUACACAUGUGUUUCUCUCAAAGUACCUCUGGCGUCAGCUUUCGUUCAAUGGGACGUCGGGUCCGUUGACACUCGACGUGUCAUAUUUGAGUGCGAUGGCCCCCGUAGGUGAUCCCGUCACAAGCUCUCCGUCUCAUUUUGGCGCUCAAAUGCAGUACACGACUCUGACGUCGCUUGCUACAGCAAUUGCAGCGCUUCGGCGUCUAGACCCAUGUCUCGCACCGUGGGUCUUUACCGCCUACUGUUAUCUCGAUCUCGGUGGUGUCUACGAAAUGGCGGCAUCGACGGCACGUCAAGCGCGCUGUCGCACGCACUUGCGGUCCAACGCCGCUGUCUACAUGGCGUCGCUCUUGCGCAACGUUGCGUGGACGCAGUGGGAUACAUGCUGGGGUGAUGCAUUUCAGAGCGCAUUUGGCGUCUACCUGCAGCAGUCGGCGGCGGGCCAUGCGCUUCUGGCAUCGUUUCGCGCGCCUCGAGGAUCGAUCCCCGGCGAAGUCGACCUCUGGCGCUACCACAGGCUGAAUGUUUAUCAAUUGCAGUGGCAAAAUUUCAAGAGUAUUGGCCUCAUCAACACAUAUAGUGUCGAGAACGCACUUGGCGUCGCGUAUCCGUUCACGAUGCAGCACUCCCACGGACAGUUUCGUCUCGAGUUGCAAACCACGUUCAAGCUCUACUGGUCGCUCGCCAACGAUUUCUACUGGACGAUGGCAACCAACACCUCCCAGAGCUUGUUGCGGGCGUCGCCCACCUUUCGCUAUGCCAACCAGACACUCGAAGACGUCUAUCUGACAAAUGAGAAACUGGUCUUUGCAUCGCGUUUUGCGGGGUUAUCGCCGACGACCAACCUCACGUCGCUCUGCCGCCAAGUGCCCGGCGCCGUCGACGACUGCGAAGCCGUGCUGCGCAACGUUGUUGAUUUAUCGUCAACGCUUCCACUCGAGUCCAAUGGGACAUUGUCGUCAACUGCGCACGCCGCUCUAUCGGCACUCAACAUUCAGAUCAUGCAGUAUGGCACGAACGUCGCUGCUCGAGGAUCCAUACUGACCUUGUACACUUCGCCGCUGCUCCACGAUGACUUCCGGUUUUUCGGGUACACGUUUGUCCACGACUGGAUCUUUGGCCGGCGCGACGUCGUCUCCUUCACUGGUGACGUUGGGACACUAACAUUGCUCUCGGAUCUCGUGCUACAAAAAGUGGAACCUGUCCAAAGCGCCGAGCUGCCCACGGCGUACGCUCUCUACGCCUUUGCUGUCGUCCAGUACGUCACGCUCGCGAUCGCGUCGCUCGCGGGACUCACUGGCAUCUACAUCCUGGCCAGUCGUGGCCACAUUGACGGUCGAAACAUGCUCAAACUCAGCCGUGUCGGCGGGAUUGUCUGGGUCGGUCGUCCGCUCUUGCUGGUGCGCAGCUUUACAGCGCUCUGCCUCCUCUCGACGGCCACCCUCUCGCUCGAGAGCACUGGUUAUACGAUGUACUUCAAAUCCGACGUGCCGGCCACCUUGUCGACGUGCUUGGCGGCGAGCGAGGUCACGUGGCUGGCGAGCAUCGUUAACGACAUCGGAUUGCCUCUCACGCAAGAACACUCGGCCCGCUACGUGACGCUCCAUAGUCUGAUCGUUCUGGCGAUUGCAUCCUUGAUGAGCUCGCUUCAACCGGUGGCCUAUGCGGCCGAGAUGGAUCUGCAAUGUGCGCCGACCGCGUUGGACUAUCAAGUGACGUGUUCGACCGCCAGAAUUGCAAUCGGGUCGUACGACCGACUCGUCUUUCUUCUCGGGACGGUGUUGGUCUCGAAUGGCCUCGCCUUUGGUCUUGUCCGCGUUUUUUGGCCCGUCAAGGCCAACGACGCGCGACACAGCAAGUCGUUCUUGCUGACGGCAGGCGCCAAAUUUCUCUUCAAGCACGACAAGUGGUUCUAUCGGGAUGUCUACUACAUGGACCGAGCUUCCGCGCUCCUUAAUGGUCUCGUCACGAUACAUGUGCGCAGUCAGCGUUUGCUUUUCGAUGUGAAAUCCUGGCGCCUCUACGCGGUGCAGCUCGAAAUCGACCAUGUUCCUACCCGGUUGGCGUCAGGCGUGCCGCUCCACGACGCGUCGACCGCAAGCUUCCGAGCCAUUGCCGACUGCUAUGCAAAGCAUCCUCAAGGAAUGAGCCAUCUCCGACCGCUCUACCCAUGAGUCAAAUCGUUUUGGUGACACCACACGGAGCUGCUGGAUAAGAAUAUAACCAGAAAUCUGCACGCCG